AUGCGAAGAGGAAGUGAGAUCGCGAGAUCGCAGAAACAGCGGAUGUGCGGAGGUCGAGUGGUACAAGAGUGCGGAACAACUGCACUCUGCAACACUCUGUCGACCUCUCCCUGCCUGCUGCCCGAUCGUCGAUCAUCAGAAAAAUCCCUCGGGCUGUCCGAUUGCACGCUCUCGAGUAGGUUUCCCUUUUCGGCUCAGUGGGCACUCACCUCCACAUCGCCGCAUGCAUGCGGGAUGCAGCAAGAUCUCUUGGAUGCAGAUGCGAGGCUUCGCUGCAUCAAUUGGCAUGUUUCGUGUGAUGCACCUGCAUUGGACAAGGGCACUUUGGAUGCCCAGGAAUGCCUGCGUCAUAUGGACAAAUGCGCGGUGUGA